UGAACAUGUCAGAAUGUUUGUGCAACCCCAGCAGUGAACAGUUAGACUGGCAGAGGUGCGACGGGCAAGCAAGACGACUCGGAUUUCCCUUCAAGUGGAUGAUCAAAUGCAGGGACGGCAGUGAUUGACACGCUUCGAUUGUGACUGAGGACCAUUUUGUGGUUGAAACAGCAAAAGUCAUGCGUCUUGUCGCAAGUCUGAUCACUUUUCUGACAUGCACGACUGUGCAGGUUCUUUCACAGACUGAGCAUCAACCCGGCUACUGUGAGUUUUACGAAGAAUGUGGCAAAAAUCCUACAGUGGGAGGGACCCUCAUCCCUCCCAUUGUCCCCUGCCGAAAUUAUAGCCGGGCCCGAGAACUGACGGGAGAACACUACCGCAAACUUCAACAGGUGUGUCCCAUGUUGGACGAGGGAGUUGGCAACACAUUUGCAUGUUGCUCCAUAAAGCAGUUGUCAUCCUUGGAAAUGAGUUUGACCCUAUCUAAGGCCCUGCUGGUGCGCUGCCCUUCUUGUGCUGAAAACUUUGCCCACCUGCACUGUAUCAACACCUGCAGCCCAAACCAGAGCCAGACAAUCAAAGUCACAAAGGUCAUGAAUGUCACUGACCUCGGAAAGACCAGAGAGGCUGUGGUGGCGUACCAGGCAUACAUCUCCACCACCUUUGCAGACGCCUCCUUCCAGUCGUGUCAAAAUGUACGGAUCCCUGCCACGGGAGGCUUCGCCAUCGCCACCAUGUGCGGCCGCUACGGCGCCAAGUUGUGCACCCCCCAGCGCUGGUACGAUUUCCAGGGAGAUACGGGCAACGGUCUGGCGCCACUGGACAUUGAUUUCAGACUCAUAAAGCCGGGAGAAAUGGAGGGAGUACCGAAGGGUGUGAUUCCCUACAAUGGGCGAGCCUUGAAGUGCAAUGAGACCACGCCGUCCGGAGGUCAGGCGUGCUCGUGUCAGGACUGCAAAGGAUCGUGCCCUGUCUUUCCACCUCCCCCACUGCCACCGGGACCCUUCAGACUUUUGGGCACGGAUGGCUUCCUUGUCAUUGCCAUCAUCUUAUUCUGCCUCCUGAUCUUUUCCUUCAUCUUCUUCCUUGUGGUUUCUUAUUUGGUCAAGAUGAAGAAUAAGCAGGAUGAAGAGAAAAAGAAGAGGAAAGGAAAAGAUCAGAACUGUAACAAUGUGAGUCAGCGGGCCAUUCAUCCGGCAGAGGUGACGUGUGCUGACAAGAACAGCAUGGCCGCUCAGGCCUUCCUUAGCUCUCUGUUUCAGAAAUGGGGAACAUUCAUGGCUACUUAUCCCCUCAUGGUGCUCCUGGUGUCGGCUGUCGUCGUCGCUGCGUUCGCCACCGGCCUCAUGUUCAUGGAGCUCACAACUGACCCAGUGGAGCUCUGGUCGGCUCCCAACAGCCGGGCUCGUCAGGAGAAAGAUUUUCACGACAAACAUUUUGGGCCGUUCUUCAGGACCAACCAGCUGAUUUUGACGGCACCAGGCAGAAAAGGCCACAUUUAUGACUCUUUGCUCUUUGGGCGACAGAACUUCAGUGGGCUUGUCUCCAAAGAGCUCAUCAUUGAAAUGCUGCUUCUCCAGAAAAGAAUACAGGAUAUUGAGUUCUGGUCAGAUGACCUAAAUCGCACAGCGAGUCUGAAGGACGUGUGUUUUGCACCACUGAACCCCAACAACCCCUCCCUGACCGACUGUGCCGUCAACAGUCUGCCGCAAUAUUUUCAGAACAGCCUGGACAACAUCAAUGCCAAGGUGAACAUGACUGAGCUGGGGGAGACCAAAGAAGUGGAUUGGAGAGAUCACCUGGUCUACUGCCUCAAUUCACCUCUGUCAUUCAAAGACAUCACUGAUCUAGGACUGAGCUGCAUGGCUGACUAUGGAGGUCCAGUCUUUCCCUUCCUGGCUGUCGGCGGCUAUCAGGGUGACGAGUACACCAACGCAGAGGCCUUCAUUUUAACCUUCUCCCUCAACAACUAUCCGAGGACCGACGUAAAAUUCAACGUAGCCAUGCAGUGGGAGAAAGAGUUUCUGAAAAUUGUCCAAGACUACCAGAGAAACCCGACCGCCAACUUUACGUUUGCAUACAUGGCAGAGAGGUCUCUGGAGGAUGAGAUCAAUCGGACUACAGCAGAAGACAUUCCCAUCUUCAUGAUCAGCUACGCUGUCAUCUUUGUUUACAUCGCUGUUGCUCUGGGAGAGUAUUCUUCUUGGAGUCGCAUACUGGUGGAUUCAAAGUUUCUUGUGGGUCUUGGUGGGAUUAUGGUGGUUGGCUGCUCGGUGCUGGCCUCCAUGGGCUUCUACUUUUGGAUCGGAAUUCCCUCCUCGUUGGUCAUCCUGCAGGUCGUACCGUUCCUGGUACUUGCUGUCGGAGCUGACAACAUUUUCAUCUUUGUUCUAGAAUAUCAGAGAGAUGUGCGGCAGCCUGGAGAGAAAAGAGAGCAGCAGAUUGGCCGCGUGCUAGGAAACGUUGCUCCCAGCAUGCUCCUGUGCAGUCUCUCUGAGUCUGUUUGCUUCUUUUUGGGUGCCCUGUCCACCAUGCCUGCAGUGAAGACCUUCGCUUUGUACGCAGCUUUGGCUGUGCUUAUGGACUUUGUCCUCCAGAUGACAGCGUUUGUGGCGCUGCUCUCUCUGGACGCCCGGCGCCAAGACAAAAACCGCUGCGAGCUGCUCUGCUGCGUCACCGUAAAGACCCAGAAAUCCGACAAGCCCAACGAGGGCUUCCUGUUGCCCCUCAUGAGGAACUAUUACGCUCCCGUGCUGCUGAACCGUUACAUGAGAUUCAUUGUGAUGUUGGUGUUCCUCUUCAUGUUCAGUGCUUCUCUGUACCUCAUGUUCAAUGUGACAGUGGGUUUGGAUCAGGAACUGGCGAUGCCCAAGGGCUCAUAUAUGCUGGAUUAUUUCCAGUAUUUAUACAAAUACUUGGAAGUUGGCGUCCCAGUUUAUUUUGUAACAAAAAGAGGCUUCAAUUUUGCCACAGUGGAGGGUAUGAACGGUGUGUGUUCCAGUGUUGGCUGCGACCAGUUCUCAAUGAUCCAGAAGAUUCAAUAUGCCGCCAAUCACCCUGAACUAUCUUACAUUGGCAUCUCUGCAAACUCCUGGGUUGAUGAUUUCAUCGACUGGCUGAACCCGGGAUCCAGAUGUUGUCGACUUUAUAGCUUUGGUCCAAAUGCUGGAAAGUUCUGUUCUGCAGACAAAUCUCCUCUUCUCUGUGGACGAAAGUGUAUGAAGACCCCCCCAGAUGGCGUCCUGCGGCCCACGGUGGAACAGUUCCACCGAUUUCUUCCUAACUUCUUGGCAAACAGGCCUGACCUGCAGUGUCCCAAAGGAGGACUUGGUGCCUAUGACACGGCUGUGGUGAGAGACGACAGUGGAGAAAUUAUUGCUUCUCGCUUCAUGGCUUACCACACACCUCUGACCAACUCUCAAGAAUUCACUGCAGCACUAUUGAGGGCCAGAGAGCUGGCUGACAAGAUCACUGAGGGCAUGCGGAAGAUAGAGGGAACCUCUCCGGACUUUGAGGUCUUCCCAUACACGGUGACCAACGUUUUCUACGAGCAAUACCUGACCAUCGUACCGGAGGGCCUCUUCAACAUCUCACUGUGUCUGCUGCCAACAUUCAUCGUGUGCUGUCUGCUCCUGGGCUUGGACCUGCGCUCCGGCCUGCUCAACCUCAUUACCAUCAUCAUGAUCAUUGUGGACACUGUUGGCGUCAUGACACUCUGGGGAAUCCAUUACAACGCAGUGGCCCUCAUUAACUUGGUUACAGCAGUGGGCAUUUCUGUGGAAUUUGUGUCUCACAUGACAAGAUCGUUUGCUCUCAGCACAAAACCCACUCAUGUGGAGCGAGCAAAAGAAGCCACCGCCAACAUGGGCAGUGCAGUGUUUGCUGGUGUUGCUAUGACCAACCUGCCCGGCAUCCUUGUUUUGGCCUUUGCCAAAGCGCAACUUAUCCAGAUCUUCUUCUUCCGCCUCAACCUGGUGAUCACACUUCUAGGGUUGGCUCACGGACUCAUCUUCCUCCCUGUGGUGCUGAGCUAUUUCGGACCUGGAGUGAAUAAAGCCGUGCUGCUGCAGAUCCAGCAGGCACAAGCAAAGACCUGCCAGCGAUUGGAGCUGACAGGUCGAGAUAACAUGAGCUACGAAGACAAUGAGAGAAAGUCGGAGCCUCACUCUAACGUUACAAAGGCUGCCGUUUACACUAAUGGCCCACCACAGAGUAUGAAACACAAACAGGAAGAAGUGAAAAUUGACCGUUUUUGAGCUCAAAACAACUAAACAGACUAUUAUAAAGCUCUGAUGAGUAAAUAAAUACCUCUAACCCAAACAAAACUGGAGAUGGACAAGCAAAUAGAGAGAAUGCCAGGGUGUAUUUAGCUCCGUAUGGAAAUCAUUAACCUGACUACAUACCUCCAUCAGAAGUGGCCUGAAGCCCUUAUCACAACUCACAAUUGUGUAUUGGACUCUCUUUACACUAAUAUGGGAAGAGAGUGAGCACAUACCUCCUCACAAGCAUUGCACUGUUGUUCUUUCAUGUUUUAAUUUAUGUUAGGACAAGAAGUGGACAGAUGUUCUUGGAUUUUAUACUUUUUAUGAAAUGUAAUUAUUUUGUGGAUGUACUUUACAUUAGCACUGAAUUAAAGGAACACACUCCAACGUUUUCUCAAAAUGCAGUUCAAAAACAUAAGUUGGACUUUGCACUUUGGUGCCUGUUUUGCAGGAGCUUUCUAAUAUGUAUUGUCACUUACAGACUUUAUUGUAUUUUCUUAGUGAGGCAGAAAAUAAAUAUACUUUCGCACCCAAACUGUACACAUUGCACUCUAGCAAGGUUUGGUUCGGUCUUACAAAAGUGAUAGCAGGUCCAGAUAUAACCUGUUAGUUACGGUACUGAUCAAACUUCUAUUCUAUUUUCUUAAAUACGGUCGAUACAAAACUGUUUUACAUCAGAAUUGUGAAUACAUUUUGUUUGCCUUCAACUCGAAACAAGUUACAAAAAACGGAAA